CCCGCAGAGGGUUCUGGCAGGUAGUUGGAAAGAGACCACAGACCUGGAGGGCUGCUCAGCUCGCUGGGGACCUGCACCCGCCUUCACCCGUCUCUGUCUCUGCAGCAAAGCAGUGCUGAGCGCGCGAUGAGCUACUUCGUGGAGCCCGCGAACAGCCCCGUCUCCUACGCAGCCCCUUGGCCGGCCCUGGUGAGGCAGGGACCUGCCAGCGCUUACGAGGACCCUCGGAUGCCCUGUGCUCUCCAGGCCAGUUACCGCCAGCAAAGACCUUGCUGCCCACUCUGGGACGAGGCGGCCACUCAGGAGGUCCCCACCGGCCUUGAACACUGCAGCUCAGACAUGGAAUGUGCGGAUGUCCCCCUCCUAACUCCAAGCAGCAAAGAAAUGAUGUCUCAGGCCUUGAAAGCUACUUUCAGUGGCUUCAGUAAAGAGCAGCAGCGGCUGGGAAUCCCAAAAGACCCCAGGCAGUGGACAGAAACCCACGUCCGGGACUGGGUGAUGUGGGCUGUGAAUGAGUUCAGCCUCAAGGGCGUGGACUUCCAGAAGUUCUGUAUGAAUGGAGCGGCCCUGUGUGGCCUGGGAAAAGACUGCUUUCUUGAGCUGGCCCCAGACUUCGUUGGGGACAUCUUGUGGGAACAUCUAGAGAUCCUGCAGAAAGAGGACGUGAAGCCCUAUCAAGUUAAUGGAGUCAACGCUGCCUACCCCGAAUCCCGUUACACCUCGGACUACUUCAUUAGCUAUGGUAUCGAGCAUGCUCAGUGCGUUCCCCCGUCAGAGUUCUCGGAGCCCAGCUUCAUCACAGAGUCCUACCAGACGCUGCACCCCAUCAGCUCCGAGGAGCUCCUGUCCCUCAAGUAUGAGAAUGACUACCCCUCCGUCAUUCUCCGGGACCCUCUUCAGACUGACGCCUUGCAGACCGACUACUUUGCCAUCAAACAGGAAGUCGUGACCCCAGACAACAUGUGCAUGGGCAGGACCAGUCGUGGUAAGCUCGGGGGCCAGGACUCCUUCGAGAGCAUGGAGAGCUACGACAGCUGUGACCGCCUCACGCAGUCCUGGAGCAGCCAGACGUCCGUCAGCAGUCUGCAGCGCGUGCCGUCCUACGACAGCUUCGACUCCGAGGACUAUCCCGCUGCCCUGCCCAGCCACAAGCCCAAGGGCACCUUCAAGGACUAUGUGCGCGACCGUGCUGACCUCAACAAGGACAAGCCUGUCAUCCCUGCCGCGGCCCUGGCUGGCUACACAGGUGGGGGAGACCACACGGUGAGAGGGCUGGGCCUUACUAUUGGCCUUUCCCAAUGUCUGAAAAACCGAGGAAAGUGGAGGUGCAUGAUUUUGUCGGUGGUCUUCGAGGACCACACCUGGCUGUGUGGAUUCAGCGGCAGUCACACCUGGGAGCCGCCUUUGGGACAGAAGACUCGAACCCUGGUGUCUGCUGCUCCCUGAGGCCCAGCGGAUGCCUGGGUUUUAGGUGGCAGGGCUCCCGCAGGCUGGCCCGUCUGUGCUGGCGCGGCCCCCCUGCCUCUUCGGUGUCCUUGGGCCUCAUGUUCUGGGUCUCACCGCGAAUGGUGGGCUGCACUGUGGCCUUCUGCAUUGUUACCCAUUCAAAGCAGAAUGUGUCCAUUGAGCAAAACGCAGCCACCCUGCUGCUGAGGCGUCCACACAGGCCCCGUCACCUUCCUGCUGCCCUGGAGAACCUCCGGCCCCUGUUGGGACAGACCCCGCUGCAGGCCCAGGAUGCCUGCUGGUGCCCUCUAACCGCUUUCCCAGCCGUGGGCAGCAGCUGCUUGUGUGGAGCCUCCGUCCGAGAGCGGCUGGGGAUGCCUUCCCAGGGAAGCCUGACGUCCAGAACAGGCAGGGUGGCCGUGACACGGUCGCGCCUCAGCUCACUACGCCGUGCAGGCAUGAAGAGCGGGGCCUUGGGUACUCCGAGAGCUCUGUGCCGCAGGCCUCUCAUCUGCAAAAUGGCGACAACAGCAUCCCCAUCUCCAAGGCCUGUUGGGGGAAUUCCUCCGUGAGGGUGUGAAAGCCGGAACAGGGCAGGGAGCAGGAGCUGCUCUGAGUGCCCUGGCUUCGCUGUUCCGGCAUUCUCCGGAGCCCUUAUCUGUCCGGUGUCGUCUCAGCUCCUUGCAGACAACAUAUUUGACUUAACGGAAGCCCAGUAACUGCUGGCAGUGCCAUGGGGUGCAGUGAACAUUUAAUGCCACAUCAGGUCACUGACGUCAUUCCGCUUCUUCCCCAUGGCCGAGGGUACGUGUGCUAGCCUCUCGCACAGACGUGAAGGUCGUUAACCCUUCACCAAGAGCCACAGGAGGAAGAUGUGUUCUUUCCAUGAGCAAACGAGAGCCCUGGGGAAGGAGCACUUGUGGGGGGUGGUCCAGCCAGAGUCUCACAGCAAAUGAGAGCGUGCACACCGUCAGACCUGGGGGAGGAAAGACGGGAACUUGUUAGUGUGGAUCUGCCGGAAGAGGACACCAAGAUGCCAAGACAUGAUUGGUUGUGUCACAUCUUGGGGGUGGAGGAAGCCAGGAGAUGGCAGGAAGGUGGGUGGUGGUGGGGGGGGCGUUCGGACGGCGCCCCGCUGGGUGGCAGGCGUCUGAGUAGGAAGCAUCUCCAGCCACAGCUCAGUGCCCGGAGGGCUUGGCCAGGCUGCCCCCUGCCCUGCCCACUGUGUCCUCUCAGGUUGGUGCAGCCCCAGGAAGCGAGGCCUCAUGUGGACAUGGGGGAGCUGGUCAACCCCACUUGCUGCAGCAGGAGGUCUGAGCAGCACAGGGGGGACAGACUCACCGGCACUGACCGGUUCAUGUGGCUGGACCAGGAGGGGCCUCUGCUCCCUGCAGGUUGGUGACCAGAACUGAGCCUGGUGUUCAUGGAGUGGGAGCUCUCCUGGCUGAUGAUGUGAGAAUUUAAACUCGGGGCUUACAGGGCACAGGUCUGUGGGUGUUGACAGGCACCCAGGUUCUCGGGGAGGCCUUUGAAGGCCAGGCUCUGCCUUGGUUGAAGGUGUCGGGAGGGUGCUGUCAGCUCGUCUCGUCCUGUUAGCAGAACAGUAUCUCCAUGCUAUUGUUAAUAUUUCUGUCCUGCUGCUCUCUGCAAUCUGCCUGUAGGACCUGACACGGGGUGUUCUGGACUUCUGUGCUGCAUAAACUCUUGAACAAUUUGGUGUGCAAAUGAUCACUGAGGAUUUAGUUCACCUCCGCACAAACCCUAGUAUGCCUAACUUGUGAUAGCUCUCCUCCUGGAUAUGCAGGGAAACUUUACCCCUUGAGUAAAAUAAAUCCCAGAGAGUGAAUCGAGAAUCCUGCUGAGCAGAAGUGCCUUCCUGCCCUCUGACCCCGGUGUGAACUCCUCCUUCCUUCUGGUGUGCUAUGUAGCAGGUCAUCUUCUUUAGGAACUGAUUUGGUUAAAAACGAAAUUCUCAGCCCAGACCUCUAGCUCCAGACCUAAGCCGUCUCUGAUGACUUCUUCAAAGAAUCAGUUCCCUAGAAGACACAGGAGGAAAAUGCUCCGAGGAACCCACUUCCUGACUCCGGCCUCACUGUCCAAGUUUGUGUCCGAGACGGUUAGACAGUGCAGUGGGUUACAGCUCACAGGAAGCUGCGUUUGAGAGAAACAGCCUCCUUGCUCCACCGCUGCCCUCACACAUGCGUGCCUGAACACACCAGGUGUGCGAAGCUGGGGCAAAAACAAAGGCCCUCCCUUCAGAUGCUAAAAGCAUGUAAUGGCCUUGCUCUCAGACCAAGCCCACUGGCCAGGUGAGCCUCACUAGUCUGUCCCGGGUGGGGACCCCACCGGCCUUUGCCAGCUAAGGGCAGGCACCCUGGAGCCUGGCUGGGCCUUCCUCUGGCUGUCCUCCCAGUUGGGCCACAGAGGACUUGGUGAAGGGCAGGGGGCGCCUGCAUGAUGCAGGGUAGCCCGUGUAAGGGGGAAGAGCUCAGAGGGGAGGAGGAUCUGACUUCCCCUGUGGCCAGGAUUUCCCCAAGCUGGCAUGCCUGUGUUGCUUUCACUUGCAAAGCAGUUUCAUCUGCCUUUCUUCUUAUGCCUGUCUACUUUGCAUGGGAGGAAUCCCUAACCUUCAGUGGUCUGGAAUGAUGAUUCUCAUUUAAAAUAUUUGAAAAUGUUACAUUUCCAUACUUGAACGUUUUUUUUCUAACCACCCAGUUUCUGCUUUUUCACAUUUGCCAUGUAAAAAGUUGAUUUAAUUCUUGGAACACUAAUGAAAUUUUAUUGACUGCUUUUAAUUUAUGAAAAUUUAUUUUUCCUUGACUCUAUUGGAAAAUCUUAUGAAAAUUAAUUUUUCCUUGUUGCUACUUGAAAAUUGUAUUAAAAUUUUUUUCCGUUGUUUUAUUCUUCUUCAGUUUGCAUUUUCUAUUACUCCCAAACUGUUCUGUAAUAGGGUAACCUCUUGAGUCUCUCUCUUUCUUUUUGCAUAAUAAGAACUUAAUUUACACCCCACCCCCACCCCGCAAAGCUGGGGCGGGGGAGCAGGGCCAAGAUUUCCCUUUUAGGAAAGGGAGCAGUAAAGCCCAGAGUUUACAAGAGUUUUUAAGAAUGCACAGCACUGAGGCCAGGGUCUAGAUACUUGAUUUUCCAUUUGUGGCUCUUCCAUGGGUGUGUGUGUGUUUGUGUGUGUGUGUGUGUGUGACAGUUAAAAAAAUGGUUUUUUAAAUGUGUCUUCCUUUUUUUUAAGUCUAACAUGUCAGAGAUACGCACUUGACAGAGUAAUUGAUUUGAAAGCUGCUUUCUAACUUGUUUUCAGUGCUGGAGACUGGGCAUCUCUGCAGUAAGUAAGUAGCAGUUAAUGAAGCUAUUGUCAUCCUGUUCUCACAUUGUGUUGUGAGUGGGUACCUGGAAGCCCCCAUCCCUGCCCCGAGGCACUGGUCCUCCAUGCAGGAGUGUGCUCAGGGACAAAACUGGCUCUGCAUGGUCCAGGAAGCCAGGGCACUGCUGGCAGGGAAGGUAGGGGACACGGAUCGUGCUGGAGAAGAGGGGGGUCUUGGUGGGGCCAAAGGACGGGUGACUCAGAAGACAUGGGAGGUGGCCCCUGUGGCACAAAGCUGGGCAGGAACACUAAGCACCUCUGCUGACAUUUCUUUCAACAGCCCUUCCAGUGCCUCGCCGGCAGCCACAGCCGUCCAGAGGUCCAGAGGGCUGCCUGGGGAGUGGUUUACCCUCAGGAAUGCUCGUGUAGCUUCCAGGCGAGUCUGGUCCAGAGGCAAGAGCCACCAGGAUGGUUCUGUUCAAUUGAUCAUUGAACUCCACUUCAAAAGGACUUCAUGGAGAUAGGUUUUGGAAUAGUUCAUGAAUAUAUUCAGAAAGGUCUUGACAUGAAUAGUUCAUGAAUAUAUUCAGAAGGGGUGACACACAGACUUUGGGGUGGGUACCCCUCUCGUCAAGUGAGAAGAGACACUUGUGAACAGAUGGGUCAUUUCUGGAUUCGAGGGUUCUGUUUUUGCCCUGGUCGUUCAGCUGUGGGUAGAGACACCUGGCUGGGAGGGCGGGACCUGCCGGCCUCAUCUCUGUGCUGAGGGCCACCUGCCAGAUGUGUGCUGUCGGGGCAGAGCCAGCCCUGCUGCAAGGGUGACCAACCAUGAGAGUUUCAUAGGUUAAAAUUAACAUGGUGUCCUGCCCGUGUGGGGUAUUUGACUUUUAGAGAGGAGCUAAAGAUUAGCUCCUCAGAGCAGCAGAUGAACCCCCAAAGGACAGAGGUGUGGUCAUGUUUAUUUUGGGGAGCAUGUUGAUGACACAUAGCUGGGAGUCACCCAUAUUGUUGGGGUGACUUCAGUCCCACUGCCUGUCUUCAGAGGCGGCGGCUUAGUGAUAUCAUUCAGUACUGUUUACUGAGCCUGCCGACGGUGGGCUCUCGGCUUGGCACUGAGACCAUCAGGGUGACAAGGCACGGUCGGUGUCCACCUGCAUGGAGCCACCCCCUCGCCGUAGCUGCUCACCGGGGCCCAGGCGACAGAGUGAGCCCUUGUGGCUAAAGCAGAAAUGAGGAAGGAGUAGAAGGAAAACCAUCUCAUCCAGAACCCUGUGACCCAGCCUCGAGGCCAGCACCACAGGCAGGCGGGCCCUUGGCCUGGAAAGCGAGAACGGUGUUGAUGGGCCGGCAGGGCCCGAGCAGCUCUGGGGCUCUCACCGGGGUCGAGUCCCGCCCCCUGCCGUGGGCUGCAGUUGUGUAGUUCUCAGCCUGAGUGGGGACAAGGAAGCAGGGGUGGUUAAGCAGCUCUCUGUGAGCUGGACGGCAGCCUCGCUGUUGCAGAUGAGAAGGGACUUAGGAUAUGGCCAUGCAGGUGGGAAGGCAGGAAGUUACUGGAAACUUUACCUUGCCAGAACAUUGAGAUUACUGCCAUAGGUGAGAGGGCCUUGAGGGUCCCUUGGAGGAGGGCGUCCUGCUGGCCUGGGACCCCCCGCAGGGCUCCAGCUGGAGUCCCUCUCACCCAGAGGCUGAGAAGAACAAAGCAUGAGGAGGAAAUGCCCUGCGCAUUGGGAGGGCCACGGGCGGGGGGCAGACGGCGGGGUGGGGCUCGGCGAGACGGGGCGGUGGGUGUGUGUGGGUGCCUCCCCCUGGCAGGCUUUGGAAAGAGACCUCCUGGGAACAGGGCCCCUCUGUUGCUGUGGCGCGGAGCCGCGACUUGAGAAGCAUAGUUUCUCAGUGAUGCCACCGGAUUCCUGACGUGUGACACGGGGCAGCCUGGAGAAGGGUGCUGUUGACCGCCUGCCCCGGACAGGGACACCAUUGUGACUACAUGGCAUGUGAGCUCCCCCUUCCCACGCCCGGCUAUUCUUAGUACCACUCUCUGCUCCCGGGGACGAAGGUCACUGGGCCCGCAGUCUGUUUGGGCAGUGGCUGGGGCAGGCUGGGUGGGGAGGCGCAGAGCGGGCUGUGUCCAGCCAUCUGUGCUGUGGCGUGGAGCAGCCUCCGCCUCAGGCUCCUGCCCUAGCCGGCGUUUCUUCUGGGUGAAGGUUCUGGGCCCUUCCUGUAUCUGUUGCCCCCAUAAGAGAAGGCAGUUGAGGCGUUAGUGAAAAGGUGCGGAGAGAAGCUUCCAGAGGCCCCACAGGCUUCUCUUGUGGUACGGUGUGGGCGUUCCGUGUGCAGGUCAAAGGGAAGGUCCGCAGGCUUCUCCCGUGCAGCGUGGGCUUUCUGGAAUGUGCAGGUCAGCAGGGGGACUCGCAGGCUGCCUCUGUGAAAUCCGGGACUGGGGCUGUGCUGACGUCACGCUUUGGUGACUGUCCUGUGUUGGAGGCGGGCCUUCAGAAAGCUCACGGAGAACGCACGUGGUCAACAGCCUGCGUGGAUUUCAGAAUGUCUUGCACCAAAGUAAGCUUGCACUUUAGUUCCAUUUUUCACAAACUCUCUGAAGUGCCCUGCUGGGAAGCUGGCUGGGGAUACUUCUGCUGCUGGGGUUCCUGCACUGUCUCUAGGCACCCCUUUUCCUGCCUGCCCCCUUCUUCUUUUAGGCAUACAUGGGAGACAGUCAGUGCUGCUCCCAGGACCUGGGUCCCAGUGUCGGAAUUUAACAUUCUUCCCUUCCUUUCAAACCGAGGAAAGCUUGCAGUGAGCACAGAAAGUCGAGGGCGAGGACUCCCCCUGCCCCUGGCAUACAUGCAGACGCCUGGGUCAGAGUCGGGGUCAGACACACCUGGGCAGGGCUGGACCCAGGUGCGUGCAGCCUGCAGCCAUUCGAUGGUUCCACGGGGACCAGCACUUCAGGGAAGGGCAAGUGUGAGCCAUCUGUCCGAGGGUCCCUCACAUGUGCUGAAGCCCCCUCACUACCCGCUGAGGUGCCAGGGCAGGUGGCAGCUGUGCUCCUGGGCCCGCCCGCACCCCAGGAUGUGCUGCAGAGGUGCCUGCUGCUCUGGCAGUGACGAGGACUUCCCUAGAAGGGCCCGGUCUGGCGGUCCAUUUCCUCAGCUCAGGCAUUAAUCCCCUUCUGUCCAAGAGGCUGCAAGAUGAACAGGUGGGGGAGGUGCUCAGGUAAAUAGCAGGAAGGGAGAAAUCGCCAGCGUGUCAUUUAUGAGCUUCCAGGGGGCUGACUCACUGUCUGCAGCACCAUCUCUGGGCACCAUGGCUGCUAGUGGUCAGGGUCGGGAGGACCCCGGCCAUCUGGUGCCCUGCGGCUGCCGUGAAGUGAGGAAGAGGAGGAGGUGGUCUUAGAAGCUGGUUGCCCCUUGGUGGGCUGCAGCAGGUGGUCUGUUUAGAGCGGCCCUUGGGCUUGGGCCCGUCCAAGGGCAAUGUCGUGCUGAGAUGGAGCAUGCGACCGCCGGGGUCUGCCCGAGUACUCGCUUCUGAUCCAGGUGGCCCUGCAUGAGGCAGAUGGCCGUUCUGUCUGGUUCUUCGGCUAUAGAGAGGUGGAGGCCCACUGUGGUGGGGACAGCACCACCCCACGGAGCUCUCAGAGGGAGGAAUGGGAUGGCUCUAGAGCAUCACCCCCGCGUCAGGUGCAGUCGGUGUCCGGGAAGUCAUUGCUGCCCUGUCAGGGCUGAGAGCUCUCUGCCCGCCCCUCUCUCAUGUCAUCCGAGUCCAGGAAAGGCUUGUCACACAGCUUCGGGGUUCUGGGCUCCCCUUCUCUUGUGGCAGGUCCUGUUGCCCUGUCACAAGGGCUCUUGCUGGUACAUUUUUUGUUGCCAGCGGAUGCAUGCACUCACCAGAGACAGAGACAGAGAGAGAGGACGGAUGCUCUAAUGGGCAUGGUCACUUCAUUUCUCCAUCUCGUCAGGACUUGGGCACGCACGCACACACGCCGAGCAGUGGGUCUAAGUUAGGUGCGAGACAGCUUUAACAAAAAGCAGAAAGCAGAGGAGGUUAAGGAUUCUCAGCACCGCCCUCUAGGCUGUCUUCUUUGAUAGGCAUUUGCUGAAUCAUUUCACUCUGAAAUGUGUAUAAGGUGUUUCUUACAAGAGUGUUUUAGGAGCAAAAGGUGAGUUCUUGGGAAGGUGCAGUGGAGCGGUCACAUUGUCCGUGCUUAGCUUGGGCUGUGCUGAGGUGGGGCCCUGGAAACCACCAUGCGGAUGUAGGCCUGGGCCCUUAGCAGCUCAACGGCAACGCCGGUCAACAGCAGGUUCUGUGAAUGGCAUCCCUGCAGGGUCCAGGGGCUCGGGCGCUAGAGCCGGCCACACCGUUCGUGGCUGUGCCGUGGAGCAAAGCUGCGUUAUCUCUCUGAGCUCCUUUUCUGCCCCAUGGGAUGGAAACAGCGAGACCACUUGAGCCUCACUCACGCACAGGGCCAGGUGGGGUCUCGGGGGAAGUGAAAUGAGGUGGCCAAACGCGCCUGGUAAAACUCCAGAAUAUAACAGAGCUGACUCUUACCAUCAUAAAGGAUGGCUCUAUUUUAAACUGAGAAGGAAUUAAACCUUGUUUUCUAUUGGAUCUGUUUUCUUUGGACCAGAUCUGAACUCAGGUUGAAGACUGGCUCCCUAGAAAGUCUAGUGUUCUCAGCUGAGCUCGAACAAUCAGAUUUCAUUGCUAUCUUCCAAGCCCCGCUCUACCUGGAUGGUUUAUGAGAUCGUGUUGUAAGGCAAUGGUGUAGACACUUUGGAAGCAGCGACUUUGAACCCAUACUUAUCCACGCAGCCACGCCCAUACACACAGUAGGGAUCCCUGGCGGCUUUGUCCCCUCAGAAUAGAAAGAGACCCCGGGGGGGGGAAUCGCGGGACAGAGCCUUUGCAGAGAGUCCAGAGAACGGCUGCCAUCCCGGGCCUUCGGGAGCUACGCCCCGCAAAGCCAGGAGCCAGGACAGAGAGCAGUGUGUUGGUCAGAAGCUGCUGAAGCCGAGAACAGCUCUGGAGGCUGCCUUUGCCUCGUCUCCGGUUUCCUCCCACAUGGACGGUGUUGUCCUGGGAGUGGCCUGGGAGCGCGGGUGGUGGUAGAGAGGGACAUCCUGACUGCAAGGACCCAACGUCUGUUCCCUCCUCAAAGGACUAGAGGGUGCUAAGCCUCGUGGCGAACCAGAGCCAGAGCUCCCGCGUAGAGGACGCCCAGGGCCCAGGCCUCUGAUCGGAACUGGGGCGGUCCUCGGUCGGCAUCUUUCCUACCUCUUACGGCGAAGGGCCGUGUAGUUUUAGAAGACACGAGACAUGAGGCCGCCGUAGACUGUCCAGAAGCCUGACCCAUGUCCGCUUCCUCGAGUGUGCUUGGCCACACGCGUGGACCGACUCCGGAGUCGGCACGGCAGUCGCCUUGCCCGCGUGCGUGCUGUUUCGCUUUGGGAAGCAGCCCUUCCCUGCUCCGUCUGCUCAAGCCUGGGACAUUUCCCCGGGCGUUUGUGCUCGGUGGGCCGGCACUUUCUCCAGGAGAGGGGCAGGCAGAGGCGGGCGGGGUGCUCUGCUGAGCAGAGGGGCGUAAUGACUCACCACGGCUGUGU